GAAGUUAAUCACAAGACAGAGUCUCAGGAAAGAAAGGAUCCAGACCAGUGGUUUCCUAUGGCAGUCCCUCUGGAGCCCAAGUCAGACUUAAAACAGGAAGUCUUUGUAACACACACAGACCAAGAAGAGACGUCCUCUGUGCCUGGGCUUGCAGUUGUCUGCAUCAUGAGAAACAAAAAUCUACUGUUGCCAGGAAUUUUGAUGCUGCUGCUGUUGACACUGGGAGCUGCAGCCCAGUACAGUAGAGACAUCAACAUGUGUGAACGACCAUUGAGAAAGUCCUGUGCAGCCUACGCCGACUGCCGGAGCAUGGACGACAGGUACUGCAUGUGUGGCCCAAGACAGGAGCUCAUUUCUGAGACAGCAUUCAGGAAUGAGAGUGAGAACAUGUGUCAAGGGAUCUUGGUGCUGCUGCUGUUGACACUGGGGCCUGCACAGAAACUGAAAGUCUCUGCCCCCACAGACUGUGCCCAGUGGUGCCCUCCAAAAUCCACGUGUGUCAAUGCCACUGCCUGUCGCUGCUCCCCAGGAUUCAUUUCAUCGUCUGGGGUGAUCUUCACCAGCCUGUCGGAGAGUUGUGAUGACAUCAACGAGUGUGGUCCCUCCUCAAUAGCGUCCUGUGGGAAAUUCGCAGACUGCUGGAACACAGUGGGGAGCUACUACUGCACAUGCAUUCCAGGUUACAAGCUUGCUUCUGGGGCAAGAACAUUCAGGAAUGAGAGUGAGAACACAUGUCAAGUUCACAAUCCUGAGAGAAGACCAGAUGACCAGGACCCAGAAGGAUGUUGUGUGGAGUCUAAGCAGAAUAACACGGAGGCACCCCCAUACACACGUGGAGAAUUGGGUGAUGAGAAGGGGCUCCCAUCUAGACCAAAUAGCAGUGGGAGACAUCGGGGACGACCAGGCAUCUUUUUCCCAACCUGGACUCCACCCCAUGGAAUCAAGAGCCGGAGACUCUCCCACUUCUUUAAAAGAUUCGAAGAUCUAGGCAGAAAUUUCAUACCAGCCUUUGUCCAGGACACCAUCCAGGAUGUCGUACAGGGUGUGGAUGAGCUGCUGCAGACCCCUGAAGACCUGGAGGCCCUGCCCCGCUCAAAGCAACACUGUGUGGCCACGAACCUACUCGCUGGCCUGGAGAAUGUGCUGAGUAACCUAAGCCAGGCCCUGCCCAAUGGGACAUUGACCUUCAAUGCAUCUGCAGGCACAGACCUGUCCCUGAAGGUGCGGGAGCAAGGAGAUAAAACUGUCAUCUUGAGUCAGAAUCAGGUGACGAUGAUGCUGAACUGGGAUGUGGUGCAUGAAUCUGAGGACUCAGGUCCUUCUGUGGUCGGUCUCGUCUCCAUUCCGGGGAUGGGCAAGUUGCUGGUGGAGGCCCCCCUAGUCCUGGAGCCUGAGAAACAGGCAGUUCUGCAUGGGGCACACAAGGGCGUGUUGCCAGAAGUCUCCUCGGUUCUGCUCUCAGAUGUCAUCUCUGCCUUUAUGAACAACAGGGACACCCAGAACCUCAGCUCCCCCAUCACCUUCAUCUUCUCUCACCAUUCAGUGACCCCUGGGCCAAAGCAAAAGGUGUUCUGCGUCUUCUGGGAGCACAGUCUGGAUGGAUAUGGGCAUUGGUCCACCACAGGAUGCAGGAUAGUGACCACUGAAGACACCAGUACCACCUGCCAGUGCACCCAUCUCAGCAGCUUUGCUGUCCUCAUGGCCCACUAUUAUGUGCAGGAGAAGGAUACCUGGCUGGCUGUGAUCACGUACCUGGGGCUGAGCCUCUCUCUGCUCUGCCUCCUCCUGGCAGCCCUCACCUUCCUACUGUGCAAAACCAUCCAGAACACCAACACUUCCCUCCACCUGCAGCUCUCAAUCUGCCUCUUCUUGGCCCACCUGCUCUUCCUCUUGGCCAUUGACCGAACUGAGAUCAAGGUGCUGUGUGCCAUCAUUGCAGGUGCCCUACACUAUCUCUACCUGGCUUCCUUCACCUGGAUGCUGCUGGAGGGUCUGAAUCUCUUCCUCACUGCACGUAACCUGACGGUGGUCAACUACUCCAGUGUGAGCAGUAUCAUGAAGAAGUUCAUGUUCCCUGUGGGCUAUGGAGUCCCAGCUAUAAUUGUGGUCAUUUCUGCUGCAUCUAGGCCUCACCUGUAUGGAACACCCACCCGAUGCUGGCUCCACACAGACAAAGGAUUCAUAUGGACCUUCCUUGGCCCUGUCUGCACCAUCUUCUCUAUUAAUUUGGCUUUCUUUCUGAUGACCGUCUGGAUUGUGAAAAACAAGCUCUCCUCACUUAACAGCGACGUGUCCACCCUCCAGAACACAAGGAUGCUAACAUUUAAAGCCACAGCUCAGCUGCUCAUCUUGGGCUGCACAUGGUGUCUGGGCAUCCUUCAGGUGGGUCCAGCUGCCCAUGUCAUGGCUUACCUCUUCACUAUCAUCAACGGCCUGCAGGGCGUCUUCAUCUUCCUGGUAUACUGCAUCCUGAGCCAGCAGGUCCGGGAACAAUACAAGAAAUGGUUCAAAGGGGUCAGAAAAACCAAAGCUGAGUCUGAGAAGUACACUCUUUCAAGUGGGACCAUGUCUGAUGACUCCAAACAGAGUGUGGAGAAUUAUAAUGAACAGCUAAGCCUGAAGAACUUCUCUCUUAGAAAAUGAAGAAAAUGUUGGCUGCCAUCCUUUGGACAGAGUAUAAAAGAUGCUUUUUCAUGUUUAUCACAAAUAACUCUUCUUGGCACCACUUGUAAGAGAAAAUAAGCAGUAAAUAUUUGAUAUUCA